AAGAACAAAGAUGUCAAUGCCGAGGCUAGUUUUUGCUGCAUGCAUCUUCUCACUUGCAGCAAUUGCUUUAGCAACUCUGCCUGUGACAUAUAUCUUUGGUGACUCCUUGACAGAUGUUGGAAACAAUAAUUUUCUACAAUAUUCUUUAGCCAAAUCUAACUAUCCCUGGUAUGGUAUUGACUACAGUGGUGGCCAGGCUACAGGAAGAUUCACCAAUGGGAGGACUAUUGGUGAUUUCAUAUCUGCAAAGCUUGGAAUCUCAUCACCACCAGCUUAUCUGUCAGUGUCUCAGAACGUUGAUACCUUACUCAAAGGGGUAAACUAUGCAUCUGGUGGGGCAGGAAUUCUCAAUGAUACUGGACUCUACUUUAUUCAGAGGUUAUCUUUUGAUGAUCAAAUAAACAAUUUCAAGAAAACCAAAGAAGUAAUCACGGCAAACAUAGGAGAGGCAGCUGCCAACAAGCAUUGCAAUGAAGCCACGUAUUUCAUUGGGAUUGGCAGCAAUGACUAUGUCAACAAUUUCUUGCAACCCUUCUUGGCAGAUGGCCAGCAAUACACUCAUGAUGAAUUCAUAGAGCUCUUAAUCUCAACCUUAGAUCAACAACUUCAGAGUCUUUAUCAGCUGGGAGCACGAAAAAUAGUCUUCCAUGGACUUGGUCCACUCGGUUGCAUUCCAUCGCAGAGGGUCAAAUCCAAACGAAGACAAUGUCUAACGCGAGUCAAUGAAUGGAUACUACAAUUCAACUCCAAUGUACAGAAGCUAAUCAUCAUACUAAACCAUCGUCUUCCAAAUGCAAAAUUCAUAUUUGCAGACACUUACCCGUUAGUUCUUGACUUGAUCAACAAUCCAUCUACUUACGGUUUUAAGGUUUCAAAUACGUCUUGCUGCAAUGUAGACACGAGUAUUGGAGGUUUAUGCUUGCCAAACUCAAAGGUGUGCAGAAACCGUCAUGAGUUUGUAUUUUGGGAUGCCUUCCAUCCAUCAGAUGCAGCCAAUGCUGUUCUUGCAGAAAAGUUUUUCUCUCUUCUUUUCUCAUCAGCUCCUUCUCCUACACCAGCACCUUCUCCCUAAUACUCGUGUCUAUGUAUGAGAUAAUAAUGCCAUUACUAAUUCAAAUAUAACACAAGAAUUGUCUUUAUCUGUACGCU